ACCGCCGCUGCCCACGCGCUCGCGAGCCAGGGAACGCGCCCGACCCGAGCGCGCGGGCGUCCGGGGGGCGGGGCUGGGUCGCUCCGCCGCCUCAGGAAAGUUCUGAGGCCAAGCCAAGCGACUCUCGGCUCCGAAACCAGCUGUUUCACCUCUUUUUUUUUUAACUCCGCCAACGGCCCCCAGCCUACAGGUCCGGGCUGCUCUGCUGGUCAAAGUGCGUGCGGACUAGUUGGCAAAGUUGAGGGCGGCGACGUCUCUGGGAACAGCUGUUUGCAUUCGGGGCGGAGGCGGCGCGCGAGCUCCUCGGCCACGAGCCAGCGAGCCUAGAAGAAGGGUGGAGGUUCUGGAUCUCAGGGAAAAAGAGAGAAGGCGGGAUGACGCGGGGACGUGAGGCUUGAGCUUCCCGUCCCUCAGCUCAGGUCCCGUCGCGCUUUCGCCCCUUCUCGGUGACCUCAACCCGUUUAUAGCAACCCCACCUCUCCGGAGCCUGGAGUACCGCCCCUGGAGGGGGAGGGGAAGGAGAGGAAAUUUCGAACGCGGAUUGAGUCGUCUGGGCACCCGUAGUUGGGAACCGUGGAACACUGGUCCCGGGGAAGAAGGGAGGUGUCCGGGCUCGGAGGCUGCGGUGGGCCUCGCGGUGAGCUGGGCUCCGACUCGCCCCGCGUGGGGAACGCGAGCCUCAGCCAGGCCCGGAGCGACCCGCGGAGCGGCUGGUCCUGUCAUGGCGGACUACUGGAAGUCCCAACCAAAGAAAUUCUGUGAUUACUGCAAGUGCUGGAUAGCGGACAAUAGGCCUAGCAUUGAAUUUCAUGAAAGAGGAAAGAAUCAUAAGGAAAAUGUGGCAAAGAGGAUCAGUGAGAUUAAACAGAAAAGCCUGGAUAAGGCAAAGGAAGAAGAAAAGGUAUCAAAGGAGUUUGCUGCAAUGGAGGCAGCUGCCCUGAAAGCAUACCAAGAGGAUUUGAAAAGGCUUGGCUUAGAGUCAGAAAUGUCAGAUCCAAGCGUGUCACCAGUAACCAGCACUAUCCCACCCACCUCUGCAUCAAAUCAGCAGAAAGAAAAGAAGAAAAAGAAAAAAGACCCUUCAAAGGGCAGAUGGGUAGAAGGCAUAACCUCUGAGGGUUACCAUUACUAUUAUGAUCUUAUCACAGGAGCAUCUCAGUGGGAGAAACCUGAAGGAUUUCAAGGAAACUUAAAAAAGACGGCAGUGAAGACCGUUUGGGUAGAAGGUUUAAGUGAAAAUGGCUAUACCUAUUAUUAUAAUACAGAAACAGGGGAAUCCAGAUGGGAAAAACCUGAUGAUUUCAUUCCACACUCUGGCGAUCUGCUUUCUAGUAAAGUCAAUGAAAAGUCACUUGGCACCCUAGAAGAGUCCAAACCAUCAGAUUCACGUAGUGAUUCUGAUGGGGAACAAGAAGCAGAAAAGGGAGGGAAAAAAGGAGAGGUCUCUACAGAAACACAAAAGCUAAAAAUAAAGUUUAAGGAAAAAAAUAAAAAUAGUGAUAAAGGAACUGAACCAGAAACACAGAAAGAAAAAAAUACCCAAGGGAAGAAUUCAUCAGGUCCAAAUGAAGAAAAACCCAAAGCUCAUAAAAAAUCAAACCCAUAUGGAGAAUGGCAAGAAAUUAAACAAGAGAUUGAGUCCCAUGAGGAGGUAGAUUUGGAACUUCCAAGCACUGAAAAUGAAUAUGUAUCAACUUCAGAGGCUGAUGUUGGUGGGGAACCCAAAGUGGUUUUUAAAGAAAAAACAGUCACUUCUCUUGGAGUCGUGGCAGAUGGAGUGGCCCCAGUCUUCAAAAAGAGAAGAAUUGAAAAUGGAAAAUCUAGAAAUUUAAGGCAACGAGGUGAUGAUCAAUAACUGUAAAAAAAGCUUCUUGUACGGGCUUUUUGGACAGAAUGGAGACUAUACAUCUUAAACGCUCCUCUCUGUUUAUUUUACAGUACUUAAAUGCUAAAAAUUUAGACUUACUCUAAAUGUAAAAUAAAUCUUUUUUCAUGUGAAAUUGAUUUUUGUUCCUAAAAUGGAAGCCUACCACAUCGCAUUGUAAUACAGUGUAUUAUGUUCAGUGUCUAAAAGUUGCUAAUUAUGUCAUAAGAUGCUAUGUAUCUGUUAUUUAAAACAUGGAAAAGAAAGGCCUUUAUUCCAUUCUUACUCAUAUGAACAUACUUGUACUGCACUGAAAAUGCAUUACUUUUGCAUGUGGAUAUUAUCCAAGAAAUAAGAAUUAGACCACAUAAGAGAAGAUUCACAGCCCGUGAUGCGUCAGUCCUGAGGAUCCUGUCAGAAGAACUGAUGUAGAAAGUGUAUGCAUAUGGGCUUACUUUAUUUAAUUUAACGUCAAGGGGCAAGAACCAGGACUGCAGCUCAGGUCGUGCUUAAUAUGGAAUGAAAAUCGAACCAGAGGUAGAAGGGUGUAUCAUCUGCCUGGUUCAGUGCAAAGCAACAACCACUGCUUAAGCAUUUUCACCGUGAGCCAGGCACUGUGCUAGGCACUGGAGAUGUAAAGGUGAGCAAGACAUACCUCUGUUCUUCACGACUUCUCAUUCUGACAGAGUCCUUUUUUCCCGUCAUGUACUCUGUGUAGCAGCCUUAUAUGUACUGGAAAAUAUUUUUUAGGGUUUAUUUGAAACUGUGUAGAUGAAGUCUUGAACAAAAAUAGCAAGGUCUCUGACUUCAGUAAAAGGUUUUGGUGUUCCUUUAGACAAAGUGGAAAUUUCCCAUUUCCUGGUGAAAUUUCUUAAAAAGUGGCACUUUCUUAUUUAAUCCAUUUGAAGUAGGUACCUUCCCUUUAUUAUUCCAAAUUCUUAAAAUUAUAUUUUUUAUAAAUUGUACAGUAGUUAACAUUUGGUAGUAUU